CGACAGACUGGCAUAGCUUCGGAUUUGACCAAUUGUUGAAAAAGCGCUGUUAAUAAGUGUGUUGAAAUCAAAUCUUAAUAUGUUCAAAAAAUUUGAGGACAAGGAGUGUGUAACAGGGGUGAAUCAGGCGAAAUCUACAGUACAGAAAGGAAUCCGUGCUUCUCUGCUUGAAAUUUACCCUCAUAUUAAAGAUUACAUCGACCAGAUCAUACCGAAAAAGGGAGAUCUCAAAGUUGUUAAAUGUCGUGAUCACAUAGAAAUACUGGCCAGCUCUAAAGGAGAACCAUUGUUUUUUCGUCAUAGAGAAGAUAAAUAUGUUCCAGCAUUAAAGCUGCUUCACAAAUAUCCAUUUCUGGCCCCACACAUGCAGGUGGACAAAGGAGCUAUUCGUUUUGUGUUGAGUGGAGCCAACAUUAUGUGUCCAGGUCUUACCUCUCCUGGUGCAAGAAUGACCAAAGUUGAUGCUGAUACUGUAGUGGCUGUGAUGGCAGAGGGUAAAGAACAUGCAGUAGCUGUUGGAGUUACAAAAAUGUCUACAGAUGAAAUUUUGGAGAAAAAUAAAGGAAUUGGUGUGGAAAAUAUCCACUACCUUAAUGAUGGACUAUGGAACAUGAGGAAUGUGAAAUAACGAAGUACUGAUCUUUAGGAAAUUAUCUAUUAUCACAGCCCAGGGGGAUGGACUCUGAAGUGAUGCCCUUUAUUAAGGGUUCAGUUACACUUGCUGUGUUACCUGGUUGUUCUUUAUCAGACUUUGUACACAACUGAAAUCAAUUCUAUUUUUGGAAGACUUAUUUUUAUUAUGACAUUUAUUAUGAAAAUUAUCUUAAUCUCAAUUUCCAAAAACAGUAAUUGAUAUCAUCACUCUCACUUACAGUUGAGUUUGAACAAUAACCAUAUUUUAUGGUAAAAACACUCAACAUGUUACAUGAUUUCGUAUGUGGUACAUGAGAACUGGUGCUUUUUAUUGAAUUAAGCAGGGUUUAAUGUCAUUAAGUAGAUAUUUAAUCUUCUGACUGAGAGGUCAUAUUGUGUGUAUUAUGAAUCUAUGUUCUUAAAGAAUGAAUUUAUAUUACAUACAGUAUAUGAGUGAAGUGAAAAGAUCUGAUAGAUGUUGAGAGUACAGUGAAACCUCACCUAACAACCACAAAACUACAGCCAUUAUUGCUGGCUUCCAUUUUCAGUCCCAUCUUUCCUCUAUGCAUCCUCGAUACUCCAGGAGUUAGGAUCACUAUAGCUCUCUGCAGCCGAGGAAUGUGUCAUGGCGAGAUUGAGGAUGCAACAGAAGUAAUUUGAUUGCAUUUAGGAGAAGAAUAUGACCAAUAACAGACUGAUAUACUUCUAUUGAAGAUUACAAAGGAGAUUCGUUGAUGUACAUCAAAUGAUCAGACUAGUCUGUAUGUCUUGUCCAUAAGGUGUCACACAUAGAAUAUUCAAUUUUGCCAUGACAAGUUCCAGGGGUGCAGAGGUUACUUUCCUGAUGUCCACUGAUUAAAAGAAAUUGACCCCACCUGGUCAUCAUUGUUUUUGAGACAGAGCUUUGGCUAGUGGUCAAGUUUACCUAGUGGACAGUUAACCACAAAUUACUCAUGUGCUUCAAUCUAUUGAUUCUAACAGAACUUAUCAAUGUAGCCACCAGGUGGCGUCAUAUAUAACAUCUGCUUACUUACCUGUGUCAGGCAGAUAUUAAUAGCACUUUGUUUAUAAGACAUCUAUUUAUAGAUCAGAGGAUAUAUAUAUAUAUCCGGGUAGUUGUAUUCAUUUUUAGAUCUUACUUGCUCCGUAUUUCAUAUAGAAAUACAAUACCCUGGUCGACCAAGUUAUUCUGAUCGCAGUGUAGGGGAGAAACACUUAAUUAUUUAUUCAAUAUCCAUUUAUGAUUCUUUAUUAUUUAUCAAAGGAAACGUGUGUGAAGUAGAAGGAUGCUAGGGUGAUAGUAUGUUAGUUAACAAACAUUAAGAAUAAAAGAUGUUACAGAAAAUAUAUCCCAGGACAUCUGUGAUGUAUCGCUCAUUAAAUUGUACCAUUAGUAGCAUGUUUGCUCUCAACAAGAGUACAACAAAUAUACAGAAAAUACAAUACAGUGAUUUCAGUGCUUAGCCAUCAGACGGUGGAUCAGUCAUAUCACUCUACAUCUGUGGUCUGUGACCCGUCUCUCUUGUCAUCGGUCCUUAAACAAUUUUGUUAUUGAUAUUUCUUGAGAAUUACUUGUGGGUCUUUCUAAUUUCUCAUAAAAUUUCCCCUUAGUCCCAAGUGAUGCCUUCUCGAUUUUGGGACUUAUCUGAAAGAAAAAGCUGCUUAUAGGAAACCAUCUUGGAUUUGUACUAUGCACGAUUGUUAUCAGAAUUUCUGGAGAAGUACUGAAUGUAUGUUCUUCAAAUUUUGCUUUGUCCUGGUAUGAUGUAAUGCCCUUGAAUUUAAGACUGAUUGGAAAACAAAAUGACUGACAUGCAGCCAUCUAACAUUUAGAAAAUUUCAUUUGUGUUUCUUGAAAUAAGUCAAGAUGGAUUUUUUUUGCAUAUUUCAUAAAUUAUAUAGGUUUCCCUAGUGUCUUGUAUAAAUCUUUAAAAGUAAUGCAUGUGUAGCCAUCUUGGAUUUUGACAAGGAGUAUUUGUUAUCUCUAUUUCUUGAGAAGUGCUGAAUAUUUCUUGGUUCCUCUUGAUCUCUAGCCUUUCGGUGUUGAGUCCAUUUUGGAACUGAUCAGAAAAAAUAGCAGAUAGGUAACCAUCUUGGAUUUUCCAAAGUUCUAUUUAUAAUGAGCAAAUAGAAAUCAGAAAUAGAAAUUACACCUCCUAUAUAGUACAGGUACAUAUAUUGAGCAGAGUUACAGUUCCAGAUGGUUUAUCAAACUACUAAUACUGUCCCACAAUUCAGACCACUUUCACACCACAAGCCCCUCCCCCUCCCUCAAACUUGUACUAAUAGUGAUGUUUCACUGUAUUUAUUGAUACUGUGUCGUGAAAAUCACUCCUUGAUAAUAUUUAUUACUAUACACAGUAUUACACAUCCCUGGACAGUUCAGUCAACCAUUUAAACAAUUACAAAUAACAUGUUAUACUUAGUAGAUUUAUGAAGCACAAGGGAGGUAAUACACAUUUAGGGUUUGUUUUAGGCAGCCUGAUGACCCUAAUAUUGAAAUUUCCUGAAUAAGGACAACAACUUGGAACAUUGCAUGUUUACUUCAGUAGUUGUAAAGUGAAUAAUAGUUUAAGAGACAUUUUUUUUCUGGAAUCCAUGCUUUGUCAAAUUGUAAAUUUACAUCAGUUUCCAGAUGUCUGUAAUUCAAUGUCUCUAGUAUGACAACCUAAGUCAUCAGUAUAUGUCAUUUUGAAUACAGAAUGUACCAGAUA